CGCGUCCUCUGGGACCUGUCAGUCAGAGACCUAGGCGGCGAGCCGGGUUGGUGAAGCAAGCAGCCGCUGUGCUGAGACUGAACCCCCUGCCGUCCUUCACUGCACGGAGUUUCAGUUCCGCGUUGCGAUGCACUGACUUAUUCCGGGAAGAUGCCGCCGGUUCGAAAGACAGUGGCAGAGCUCCGCUCUCGAGCGGAAGGCUAUGAGAAAACUGAGGAUGCUUCUGAAAAAACUUCACUGGCUGAUCAAGAGGAUAUGAGAAUAAUAUUUAUUAAUCGACCUCAGCUUAUAAAAUUUUGUAGCAAUCAUGUCAGCACUGCAAAAUACAAUCCACUUACAUUCUUACCAAGAUUCUUAUAUUCUCAGUUCAGGAGAGCAGCCAACUCGUUUUUCCUUUUCAUAGCCCUUCUCCAGCAAAUCCCUGAUGUUUCUCCAACUGGCCGCUACACGACACUGGUUCCGCUGUUAUUCAUUCUUCUUGUGGCUGCCAUUAAAGAAAUCAUAGAAGAUAUUAAAAGACAUAAUGCUGAUAGUGGAGUGAACAAGAAAAAAGCACAAGUGCUGAGAAAUCGUGCUUGGGAAAUUGUCCACUGGGAAAAGGUAGAGGUUGGCGAUAUAGUUAAAAUAAAUUGCACAGAGUUCAUACCUGCUGAUACUGUACUACUCUCAUCAAGUGAACCACAGGCAAUGUGCUACAUUGAAACUUCCAACUUAGAUGGAGAAACAAAUCUUAAGAUCCGUCAGGGUCUACCUCAGACAGCAGAGUUAAAAGAUAUUGAUAGUUUGAUGAAUUUAUCCGGGAAACUUGAGUGUGAAAGUCCUAAUCGGCACUUGUAUGACUUUGUGGGCAAUAUUCGCUUUGAUGGAAAAAGCACUUUUCCCUUGGGACAAGAUCAAAUCCUUUUGCGAGGUGCUCAACUGAGAAACACCCAGUGGGUUAUUGGAAUAGUCGUUUAUACAGGACAUGACACAAAACUUAUGCAGAAUACCACACAGGCUCCGCUAAAAUUAUCAAAUGUGGAACGAAUCACAAAUUUGCAAAUCCUCUUAUUAUUUGGUGUUCUUCUCUUCAUGUCUUUGGUGUGUGCCAUUGGUUCAACGAUAUGGACUAGCAGGCAUGCUGCAGGAGACUGGUACCUCGAUUUCACUGGUAGUGGAGUCUCCUACUUUGGAUUGAAUUUCUUAACCUUCAUCAUCCUCUUCAAUAACCUCAUUCCAAUCAGUCUAUUAGUUACAUUAGAGGUUGUAAAGUUUAUCCAAGCAUUUUUCAUUAACUGGGAUAUGGACAUGAUAUAUCAACCAACAAAUACUCCUGCCAUGGCCCGAACAUCCAACCUAAAUGAAGAAUUAGGACAGGUGAAAUAUAUAUUCUCAGAUAAGACUGGAACUUUAACCUGCAAUAUUAUGGAGUUUAAGAAGUGUACAGUUGCAGGGAUUGCUUAUGGGAAAGGUGAAUCAUCAAAUGGCGAAAAUGCAUUUCACGAUCCUUCUCUACUGGAAAAUCUUCAAGGCAAUCAUCCCACAGCACCAGUCAUUUGUGAGUUCCUGACGAUGAUGGCAAUUUGCCAUACAGCAGUGCCUGAAAGGGAAGUUGACAAGAUAAUCUAUCAAGCGUCAUCUCCAGAUGAAGGAGCAUUGGUGAGAGCAGCAAAGCAGUUGGGCUUUGUCUUCAGUGGGCGAACCCCAAAUUCAGUUAUUAUUGAAGCUCUUGGUCAAGAAGAAAAAUAUGAAUUGCUCAACGUACUUGAAUUUACAAGCAAUAGAAAGCGGAUGUCUGUGAUUGUCCGUAUGCCAUCAGGAAAGCUGCGACUUUACUGUAAAGGAGCAGAUACGGUUAUUUAUGAGCGGCUGUCUGAGAGCUCAAGAUACAAGGACAUUACUUUGAAGCAUUUAGAGCAGUUUGCUACAGAAGGUUUGAGAACCUUGUGUUUUACUGUUGCUGAGAUUUCAGAGACCAUGUACCAAGAUUGGUUGGAAGUAUAUCAACGUGCUUCUACUGCACUGCAGAACAGGUCACUGAAACUUGAAGAGAGUUAUGAACUGAUUGAAAAAAAUCUGCAGUUGCUUGGAGCUACAGCAAUUGAAGAUAGACUACAAGACAACGUCCCUGAAACCAUAGAAACAUUAUCCAAAGCAGACAUCAAAAUUUGGAUCCUGACAGGAGACAAGCAGGAAACCGCUGUUAAUAUAGGACAUGCAUGUAAACUUCUGACCAAAAACAUGGGUCUUCUGGUGCUGAAUGCACACACACUUGAUAUGACAAGGGAAACACUCAUUCAUCACUGCAAUACUCUAGGUGAUGCUUUACGCAAGGAUAAUGACUUUGCACUAAUUAUAGAUGGCAAAACUCUCAAAUAUGCUCUGACAUUUGGAGUGCGACAGUCCUUUUUGGAUCUUGCUUUGUCUUGUAAGGCAGUCAUCUGUUGCCGAGUUACUCCUCUUCAGAAGUCAGAAAUUGUUGACAUGGUGAAGAAACAGGUGAAAGUCAUAACAUUAGCGAUAGGUGAUGGAGCAAAUGAUGUGGGCAUGAUCCAGACAGCACACGUUGGUGUUGGAAUAAGUGGAAAUGAGGGUCUGCAAGCAGCAAAUUCAUCUGACUAUUCUAUAGCACAGUUCAAGUAUCUGAAGAACUUGCUGCUAGUCCAUGGAGCCUGGAACUAUAAUCGUGUUGCAAAAUGUAUCCUGUACUGCUUUUACAAGAACAUAGUCCUGUACAUUAUUGAGAUCUGGUUUGCUUUUGUGAAUGGUUUCUCCGGUCAGAUUCUCUUUGAACGGUGGUGCAUUGGUCUCUACAAUGUGAUUUUCACAGCUCUGCCUCCCCUCACUUUGGGAAUAUUUGAGAGAUCAUGUCGAAAGGAAAACAUGUUGAAAUAUCCAGAGCUUUACAAGACAUCACAGAACGCACUGAAUUUCAACACAAAGGUUUUCUGGGUUCAUUGUUUGAACGGCCUGUUCCAUUCGGUUAUUCUGUUUUGGUUCCCACUGAAAGCCCUCGAGCAUGACACAGCAUUUGGAAAUGGAAAGACGCCUGGCCGCCUACUACUAGGAAAUAUGGUUUAUACAUUUGUGGUCAUCACCGUUUGCUUAAAAGCUGGUUUAGAGACCUCAUCCUGGACUCUUUUUAGCCAUGUGGCUAUCUGGGGAAGUAUCGGAAUGUGGGUGGUGCUGUUUGGAAUCUACUCAUCACUGUGGCCUGCAAUUCCACUGGCUCCUGAUAUUUCUGGAGAGGCAGUAAUGUUGUUCAGCUCUGGUGUGUUUUGGAUGGGCCUAUUCUUCAUCCCAAUUACUUCUCUUCUCUGGGAUGUGACUUACAAAGUCAUUAAGAGAACUUUAUGUAAAACUCUGGUCGAAGAGGUUCAAGAAUUGGAAGCCCAGUUCCAGGAUCCAGGUGCAGCUGUGUAUGGCAAAAGCUUAAGUGAACGAGCUCAACUUUUAAAGAAUGUUUUUCGGAAGAAUACUUUCAAUCUACACCGUUCUGAUUCUUUCCAACAGAGUUCAUUACAUGGUUAUGCCUUUUCCCAAGAUGAGAAUGGUAUUGUGUCCCAGUCUGAAGUGGUCAGGGCCUAUGACACCACCAAACAAAGACCAGAUGAUUGGUAAACAUUUAAUACAUGGACUGCAAACAAGUGCUUUCACUAAGAGUGUGACAUUGGACUUCAAACAUUACAGAUCUAAGUUUUAGAUAUGUAGCUGUAAAGAUCUGCAAAGACCCAAAUAAGUUGGUCUUUGUAUGUUUCAUGAAGGGGAAAAGUGCUAAUCACUUUUGUUGUGUAUUAAACAGACAUGAACACUGUGCAGAUCAAUGUUAUCAUAAACUCACUCUUUUAGAAUAUCAACACCUUAAAAUACACACUAACCACAAGGUUGCCAGAACUUGAAAUUUGUCAUUGGUAUACCUGUUUUUUGACAUGUUUGUUUUAAAAAUACAAACAUAUAGACAUGAGUAAUGUUUUGAUUUUCAACCCUGCUCAGUGUGAACAUUGUAGAAAAUUGAGUACCACUUCCUAAAUUUUCCUGUUUAUCAUAAACUGUGACUUUUACCAAUUAAACCCUGUUUUUUGAUAGAUUACUACUGAUUUGAAGUGAUGCACCUAUUUGUGAACAGUAUCUAUAUAAGUGUAGCAUAACAAUUCUGUAAUAUAUUUUAAUGUUCAAGUCACUGAAUAGGAAUCUGUUAAAAAUGCUAAAAUAUAUCUUAAUAAUGCAGUAUUAAACUUGAUACUAAUACUCCCCUUCUGGUUGCCAAAUCUUCUAUUUGCCAAAUUUAAAACUCUGCAUGAGCCUUAUUCAAUAGUUUUCUAAUCACUUCAGUUGAUAGAAUUUGACAUUAGCCCAAUUCUCCAGAGUAUUGUCAAAGGGCCGAAACAAAUUUCAAGUCCCAUUUGUAACUUUCCUGCUUCAGUUUUUCUGAAGUGUAUUUUGCACAUGCACUGGCACUGACUUGUUCAAAAUUGCCUCUUGGCAAUUGCUUCAUGAUUUGUGUAUUUCACAGGCCGUGACUUUGGAUAUGCUUUACUCAUUGCCCAAUAUUUGACUUAAUUUUCAGAAUGAAGCAAUGUAGUGUGUUUUCUGUGAGAGGCUACAUCUCCUACAGUACAAGCUUGUGAAUUUAGUGAUUUUUUAAAAUGAUUUAACAUUCAACAAACAUUUCAAUACAAAUGUGAGGGUUCUCCUUGCCCCACUCCACCAUUUUUUGCACACAUUUUACCAUGGGUCUAAAAUAUGCUGUGAUUAAAUAAUAAAAUGAAGGUUUGUUUUCCUGACUACCAUCUCUUAAAAGGUUAGUUCAAGUUUGUUUUGUGUGAACUUUGUUCAGGUUAUUUAAUUACGUGUGUAAAUGUGCCAAUUUGAAUAACAUUUUAAUUCCAACCUAUUUUCUGGUGAAUGUGAGCUAAAUUUGUUUGCUGUAUAUGAAAUUUCCAUGAUUUAGUCAGCAAUACUGGUGAAUUGUGCCAAGCAAUUUGGUUCGCAUUAUUACUUUUAAAAAAAAAACUGCCAUUUUUACAAAAUCAGUACAGUAAUUUCCUUUCUAUUACAUGUUGAAUUAAAUUUACCUUGUAUUGAGUGUAUAAUUCUGUGGUUGUCACAAUUUAUGCAGCGCUGACAACAGAAACUUGGAUGUGACCUCGCUAUAGAACCUUAAGUAUUUACUUCAUAGAGGAGCAUCCUUUACAGUAGUGUGUGUUUUAUGCAUUAAACUGCCUUGAUUGCAAAGCAUAACCCAGAUUUUAAAAAUAUUGUGUCAACAUUCCAUUCAAUCUGAUCUUUAGUGCAUCCUUAUUUAUGCGAAUUUUUGUAUCACUAAUGUGAACAAUAGUUUAAUGGUUAAUUUUUAUCAUUGAGUAUUUGCCACAGAACAUCUAGAUUUGGCUGAGUAUUGGCUAUGAAACUGAACUUCAGCAAACAACAGGACAUAACACAAAACAGUGUAAUCAGCACAGUUGUAAUAUUCCAUCCUCUCCAGUAACUUAAAGGCAAAUUUUGCCUUUACAUUAUAUUUUCCAGAAAAAAAGCAAACCACUGUUAGAGAUUAUGAUUUUAAAAAUUAUAAAAGGAGUAGCAAAUAAAAAUCCACAAGUGUUUGAGAACACAAACCAGUUACUAUCAUCCUUUGAUUUGCAGCUUGCUGUGCCCAUGUGCUUUCUCUAUAUGCAACAUGUUCUGUGUUUGUCAAAAUUCUUGAAUGAAUGUCAUAGCUCUAACUACGUGAUUACUUUGUGGUGUCUUUUAAUCAAUGAUAGCUGUCGUCUUCCUCCGAUAUGUGAGGCUGACUGUGGUGUACUUGAUUGUCCUGUCUGUAUUCUUGUCUAACUGCAUGAGAUCAAGUGUUACAUGUAACAUUGUUACUGCAUGACUAAUUUUCUGAUCUUGCAGCACAUCUUCUGCAAGGUUAGAGACAAAUGAAACAGAUUAAUGGAAGGUAACAUCAUGCAGCAGUUUAUGAUGGGCAAAAAAAAUUGUUUCCUGACCAAUCAUUGUGUAUGUCCUGCAUUUUGGAAUAAAAAUCUUUAAUAUAAAUGAAUGACAGCUUUAAAUUAUUUUGUAAGUUUGUAAUUCACACUGACAUAUCCGUGUCCAUUUGGUUCUGUGAAAGGUUGUAUCCAAAUAGGCUAUGUAUGGAAUGUGUACUUUGCUUUACUAGACUUAAGACAACAGAAUAAAAACAGAUGUGAAGAUUUUGAUACUUUUUAAAUGAUUGAACAUGACUACUUCAAAAUAAGAAAUCAAAUUUGAAAAGAAUUUGCCUUGAUUGUCUUGUUCAGUGUGACAACAAAGUAAAAUAUUUAAUGCAUGUUUGCUCCAUUAGUAAUAUGGUAACAAAAUUUGCUUUCCAUUGUUGCCAGUCUUGCAUAGUAUUUAAAAUCAAUCUAAUUCAAUGAUGGAAUUUGACUUGAAUGUCAUGUAAAGAUGAACAUAUUCUGUACACUGGAUCAGGAUUUUUCUGUCGAAAUUUCCAGAAUGUUGAUUGAAUUUCCCUGUAGUAUGGUUUUGCACUGCAUGAAUGGUGACCUUCAAAAUCAAUGUUCAUUGUACAUCUCAGGUUUGUAUCUAAGUUACUGUAUGGAAAUGCACUGUUUUAUAUUUUGUUGUAAAUCUUCAGUACUUUUUUUUUUAGUCUGUCACUUGCCAUUGACUCUUGUAAAUUGCAUGGUGGCAGUUGCAGUCCUUCAAUGUUUUGUCUUUUGGUUGUCAUAAGGAUCACAUAAUAAAACUAAAUUUACAAACCCUGA